AUACAUUAUUAAACAUGGGUGCAUUUUUGGAUAAACCCAAAACUGAGAAACAUAAUGCUCAUGGUGCUGGGAAUGGUUUACGUUAUGGCCUGAGCAGCAUGCAAGGAUGGAGAGUAGAAAUGGAAGAUGCACACACGGCUGUUGUAGGUAUUCCUCAUGGCUUGGAAGACUGGUCAUUUUUUGCAGUUUAUGAUGGUCAUGCUGGAUCUCGAGUAGCAAAUUACUGCUCAACACAUUUAUUAGAACACAUCACUAAUAAUGAAGACUUUAGGGCAGCUGGAAAAUCAGGAUCUGCUCUUGAGCCCUCCGUGGAAAAUGUCAAGAAUGGCAUCAGAACUGGCUUUUUGAAAAUUGAUGAAUACAUGCGUAACUUUUCAGACCUCAGAAAUGGAAUGGACAGAAGUGGUUCGACUGCAGUGGGGGUCCUGAUUUCACCUAAGCAUGUCUACUUUAUCAACUGUGGUGAUUCACGUGCUGUUCUGUAUAGGAAUGGACAAGUCUGCUUUUCUACCCAGGAUCACAAACCUUGCAAUCCAAGGGAGAAGGAGCGAAUCCAAAAUGCAGGAGGCAGUGUAAUGAUACAACGUGUUAAUGGUUCAUUAGCAGUGUCUCGUGCUUUGGGGGACUAUGAUUACAAGUGUGUUGACGGCAAGGGCCCAACAGAACAACUUGUUUCUCCAGAGCCUGAGGUUUAUGAAAUUUUAAGAGCAGAAGAGGAUGAAUUUAUCAUCUUGGCUUGUGAUGGGAUCUGGGAUGUUAUGAGUAAUGAGGAGCUCUGUGAAUUUGUUAAAUCUAGGCUUGAGGUAUCUGAUGACCUGGAAAAUGUGUGCAAUUGGGUAGUGGACACUUGUUUACAUAAGGGAAGUCGAGAUAACAUGAGUAUUGUUCUAGUUUGCUUUUCAAAUGCUCCCAAGGUCUCAGAUGAAGCAGUGAGAAAAGAUUCAGAGCUGGAUAAGCACUUGGAAUCACGGGUUGAAGAAAUUAUGGAGAAGUCUGGUGAGGAAGGAAUGCCUGAUCUUGCCCAUGUCAUGCGCAUCUUGUCUGCAGAAAAUAUCCCAAAUUUACCUCCUGGGGGAGGCCUUGCUGGCAAGCGCAAUGUUAUUGAAGCUGUUUAUAGUAGGCUGAAUCCACAUAGAGAAAAUGAUGGGAGAGAGUGCAAGCAGGAGGAGGAACAGAGAGAGGGACAAGCAGAUUCCCCGCUUAGCACCCAGAGAUCUGACCUGAGCUGAAAUCAAGAUUCAGACGCUCACACAGACUGAGCCACCCAGGUGCCCCCACGUAUUUCUAUUUAAUCUUAAAAGCUCCGCAAGCAAUCCUGGUAUGAAACCAGGAUUGAUAAACACUUCAGAAUUUAUUUCAUUGUCAUUGAAGGUUUUUGUUUUUGUUUUUUUGAUAAAAAGGGGAGUUGUUGGUUUGAGUUGGAGAGGGCAGGAAGUGAGGUGGAAGAGUGUUUAUGCCAUCUAUUAAAAGUUCUUUGUGAUAUACCGUAAAGUAGAAAUUUUCCUUGUGGAAAACCUGAUUAAAGACCAGUAAGGUUUAUGAUGAGCAAGCUUUUACCUCAUUGCUCCAUCUUAUUAACCUUUCCUGAAUAGAGUCAAAUGAGAAACUUGAUUUGGGGAUGUGGGUUUAUUUAUUUAGCACAGAAGGAAAGGUAAGGGAGAAAAAGUCAGAAAAAUCUUAACAGAAGAGCACAUUUUAUUGUUCUCUCCACAUGAUAAAUUUUGCAAAUUAAAAAAAAAAAAAGUUAUUUGGGACACUUGGCUGGCUCAGUCCAAAUAGCAUAGACUCUUGAUCUCAGGGUCGAGAGUUUGAGCCUCACGUUGGGUGUAGAGAGUACUCAAAUAAAUUAAACUUUUUUUUAAUUUAAAAAUUAAAAGUUACAGUUAAUCUACAUUAGGUAGAAAAUUGGAGAACUCAAAGAAAAUAAGGCAGGGGCGCCUGGGUGACUCAGUGGUUGAGCGUCUGCCUUUGGCUCAGGUCGUGAUCCGUGAUCCCGGGGUCUGGGAUUGAGUCCAGCAUCAGGCUCCCCAUAGGGAGCCUGCUUCUCUCUCUGUCUGUCUCAUGAAUAAAUGUGGUUAUAUUUGUGUUCCUUUUGUUUCUUUGUUGCUGAGUUGUAGGAUAGCAGUCUACAGAAAUGGUUAAGAGUUUGUGUCAGAUCAUCUAUAUCAGUAACCUUUUUGAGUUAUUUUCCCAACAUUUUAUGAUUAAGACUUCCAAAUAUCUAGAAAAGUUGAAACGAUUGUAAGGAGCACCUAUACACCUUCUGCCUAGAUUCAACAAUUGUUAACAUUAUACCGUACCAUACUUGCUUUAUCUCUCUUUAUGUGUGUGUGAAUAUAUAUGCUACUCUUUUUUUUUUUUUUUUUCACUGAACCUUUUGAUAGCAAACUGCAGACAUUUUGGCAUAUUUUGGCAUGCCACUCUUAAAAAUGUGGACAUUUCGAGGCGUCAGGCUGGCUUGGUUGGUAAAGCAUGCAACUCCUGAUCUUGGGGUCAUGAGUUUAAGUCCCACAUUGGGCGUAGAGCUUCCUUGGGAAAAAAAAAAAAGAGAACAUCUUUCUACAUAACCAUAAUAUAAUACUGUUAUCAUGCCAGUGAAAAUUAAGAGUAUCAUCUAGUACCAAGUACAGAUUUUCCCAGUUGUCUCUAGAAUGACUGUGAUAGUAGUUAUUUUGAACGAUGGUCUGGUCAGCCUGUUAUCUAGCAUAUUAAUGAAGUUUGUAAUCAGGUCAUUUUUUCUUCCCCUUGCCAUUGAAAAAGAAGAGUCUGAGCCAGCUUUGCAUAUGAUGUCCUACAUCCUGGAUCGUAGGAUUUGUUUUGUGUCCUUUAAUACCAUCCUCUGCUCCCUAUUUUCCUAUAAAUUGGGAAUUUGCUUUAUUAGAUUUAAAUUAAACAUUUUUGGCAAGAACAUAGGACAUGGUUCUGCACUCCCUAAUGAAUCACAUCAGGAGGCACACAAUGUAAGGUUGUCUUGCUUUUAGACUGUCAGCUUAACUGUGAUCAGCUUCGAUGUUAGAGCUUGUUCUGCUAACAAGAUUAAGUAGCUGCUGUUGUAGAAACCUCUAAGUUUUCCAAAAUUUAACAAAAUAUAAAAAGAUUAGGUAGUUUCCUGUUCAUGUCUUAUUAUCAUGUUUUAAAUAAUUUGAUCUAAAAAUGUUUUUAUUAAGAUAUGUAAGAACAAAAAGUAAAUAAAAUUUUUACCCACAAAAGCAUUAAAAUUUCCCAAAAAUCCAGUUUAAAUUUAUAUAAUUCUACAUUUUGUAUCUCUUUUCCUUACCUAUCAUUUAGUGGCAGGGAUGAAGAAACUAAUGUUCUAAUGGCCUGCUUUUCUGUCCUUUCCUAUUGCUUUAAACACUAAUUUCCUUUUGUGCUAAAUCAUUCUAGACAAUUACUGUUUUUUGUUUUUUGUUUUUUCUGUUAAGCAAGUCAGUUUUAGGAAAUGCUUGUGUUGCUGUUGAAUUCUAAUAGUGGAGUAAAUUUCAGAGGAAGCUUCAAAUGCCAGUGUGAAAUAAGAUGUAAACUAGUUAAUGGUAAUUUGCUAAAAUUAACUUGAUAUUUCAAGUGGAAACUUUUAUUGACACAAGUAAGACUUGAUACUUAUUUAAUGAAAUGUUCUCAUGCUUAGACUAUAUUACUCGUGAUAGAGAAAUGAGUGUUUUGCUGUGCUAUGUUAUGAAAUACAUGUGAUAUCCUAGUUUGUCUACUGACACUGGGGUCUUGAAUCUCAA